UGACUCUGUACUGUAAUAGAGAAGAACGGUGCUGCUCGCUCUGGGUAACGAACGCUCAAUGGCUGGUGUAGUGUAAACUGAUAUAUAAUAUAAUAAUAUACAAUCAGAUUUAUUUGUGUAGUUAUUAUUAUGAGCUCUAACAAUAUGGCGGAUCCACGAAGACCUAACAAGAUUUUCCGCUACAAACCGCCGAACAGCGAGACAAACCCCACACUGGAGGAUCCGACUCCAGAUUACAUGAACCUGCUCGGCAUGAUUUUUAGCAUGUGUGGGCUUAUGCUUAAGCUGAAAUGGUGUGCAUGGAUUGCAGUUUACUGCUCUUUCAUCAGUUUUGCCAACUCACGAAGCUCAGAGGACACUAAACAGAUGAUGAGCAGCUUUAUGCUCUCUAUAUCCGCAGUCGUAAUGUCAUACCUGCAGAACCCUCAGCCCAUGUCUCCACCAUGGUGACAAAGGUCAUGGUGACUCUGAGGACUGCAGGGGUACAAUAAAAUCGACAGAAAUGCUUCUUCUGAUCAACAAGACAUGAUGGACAUGACAACAGACUAAACAUCCUAGUUUUGACUUUAUUCAUUUCUUCAUAUCUUCAUCCUGUCGUCUUCCUCCAGAUUGGAUGGGACAAUAACACACUGUAGAUGUUAGUAUAAUUGAUCUGCUUGAGCAGGAAUGUAAUUCUGAAUAAAGUUUGUCCAUGUAUUGAAAUUUUGUUAAUAUAACAAUAAACACCAGUUUUUUAACCUGA